GUCAAACUUCAAAAUCUAACAUGUCACCAUUGGACUGUCACCAGAUGCCCGUACGAUAUUAAAACCGCGGCGGAGUCUUCUGCCAUGCACAAAAUCAAGAUUUACAGAUCUUGAUAUGCGGUGAUACUCUCCCAACACUACUACCAAUUUUGUUUUAAUAAAAUAAUUAUCAGAAAUCCUUUUUUGGAAUUGAAAUUUUGCACAAUCACAAGUUUAGGCGUCGUACGGGCAACCAAAUUAACCAUUUCAUAAGCUCUUUCGGGGGAAGACUUCAAAUCUUGGUCGACCACCAAGACAGGUCUUGAAUCACUGUACAGAUUUCGUUUUUUUUACACACUUUUGACAAUGGCUGAGGCGGACGAACUCGCCAACAAAAUGGCGGACUUGACCGUCCUUUCGUUUAGGAAGGUGGAUGACGUGAAACGCUUGGCAAAGCAUUUCCAGAAGAUUCUGAACAACCCGAUCACGCAACAGAACGCGGUUGUUCACAAGUAUUUGAGUGAUCUUAACGAGACGCACAAAAAAGUGUUCCUUCAAAAACGCGAAGGUGUAGAAGUAGAGUAUAUUUUUACGACUGAAAAGAAGAGUAGCCUUCAGAGGCAACGCUUCAACAGUCUGCCAGUGAGCGAAGUACCUGAGUUAUUGAAAGCGGAACUGCUGACCGAUGAGAAUGCAAAACAAGUGCACAUUUGCACCGACUGUCAGGUCGAAAUAGAGUUGAAUGACGAGGAACCUCUUAUGGAAUCGCUGCAGCGACAUUUUAACUUAGAAGUGCACUUGCCCAAGUUGAAACGAGAGAGUGUGGUGGACGUGUCCGAGCCUGUCGUCCUACCAAACAUGUCCAGGAGACUCUCUGCUAUGGAAUGUGGGGAAACUCCAGCUCAAAGUUUGGAUCAGAUCAUGCAAAUGGUCAAGCCUAUGGAGAAGUUGGAUCGCACGUUUUUGGCCAGGCUGGAGACAUCCUUGAUUCGUCUGCUUCCAGACAAUUCCGAAGCGAGUAUUAACGCAGCCAUAAAAUUUUACCAAAGUGCUUAUGAUAAACUGCGCCAGGAGAUUGACGGUAUAGACUUCUCGACCCAAACCAGCUCCGUAGCUCCAAUAAUUAUGAGCAUCAAAGACAAUGUUUACCAGAACUUCGCGGCAGAUUCCAAUAAAAACAUAGAGAAUGAUGAAAACGAGCAAGCUGCAGAUAAACCAUUUAAGAGUCAAGUUAAAAAAUACCGUUACUAUGGUCCCAUCGAGAAUUUCAUCCUGAAAUUACUGGCCAAUCACAAGUUACUGUCUUUAGUUGACGACCGCACUGGUAAACUAGCUUUUUUCUGCAUAGCUUGCGAGUAUUAUACCCUCAGGUUCCGCUACGACAGCGUUCUAAACCACGUGUUCAGUGAAUCGCACAUCCACAACCUCUCGUGUAUCUUGCAGGCUGAUAAACACAUUCCUUUCUCCAUGGACGAAACCUCCAUUGAGAAAAUCAAAGAAAUGAACCGUAAGUUCCUUUACGGGCACGACGUCGUCGAAGACGUCAACGGACUGAGAUGUGGCCUUUGCAAAACGUCAAUUGAGCCCCUAGAAGCUUCCACUAAUCAUAUUCUCGACGAGAAUCAUCUUGCCAAGUUGUCAGACAAGCUUUAUCGUAGAAUGAGAGCGAAUAACCCAGACGGGUCGGUCCCAGACGAGUGGGGCCCGAAAGAUUUGGACUGGACAAAGUUCCUAGCGAGCGUCGGGCGGCCGCAGCAUAAUCGAGACCACGUCAUCAUAGAGAACUUCAUCAAACCAUCCGGGAAAAUAGCAAAUUACUGCGCAUGCUGCGACAUGACUCUGAAAGGGCCCAGGCAGGUUUUAUUCAACCACGUCCGCCAGAAGAAGCAUUUACGCAACGCCGCCCCGCACAAGCUGGUGAUGCUUUACAAGAACCAUUGCCGGCCUUCCGAAUACUUCGCCAGUUUCGGCAAUUUCUACGUGUGCACGAUUUGCCCUGAAUACGUCGCGUUGCCGUCUUUCGCCGCGAUAGUCAACCAUUUCGACAGUCAAUUACACGUGGAGACCAUAUCGAAAUUGAUCCGUUCAGCUUUGUAUGCGGACAACGUCGAUAAAGAGUUAUUAGCUGUCCACAAUAUAACCGAAGACGGGAGUAAAUGCGAAUUGUGCGAUGAGAGUUUCAAUAGCAUGAAUGAAGCUAUUAAUCACGUGCUAACCAGCAUCGAGCAUCAGAACAAUGCCGUAGACGUGAAACUCCGAGCGAACAGAGGCGACAUUAUAAGUUUGUACAUGCGUGGUAACUACAUCCUCCAUAGCGAAGGAUCAACUUUUAAUUGCAAAUCGUGCGGCGGUGUAUUCAACUCUAUAAGAUCACUGCUCGCGCAUUUGGUUUACGCCGACCAUUUUACAGUGAGACCUAAUUCGGAGAAUGUUUUCCGUUUUUAUUUGGAGUUGAAGCAUAAUAUUAUCAUGUUGGGGAGGAAUAAGUAUGUGUACUAUGAUUUCGGGAAGCUUAAAUGCGGGGUAUGUGACGGAGAUGUCGCGGAGGGUGAGAACGCCAAGAGGCAUGUUGUGUCUCCGAGGCACAGGGAGAACAUGGGGGCCACUUAUGUUAUGAACGAUGUGACUGCUAUGGAGUGAGUAAAUGCAUGCAGCCAGCUGACGAAGACGUUAAGGUGCGUUCUGACACUAGAGUUACGUUCCACUUGAUCUGACAGCUGUCUAUAGUACAUUCGAAACUGAUACAUAACCACAGAUUUACUAUUUUUAUGAGCUACAGCACAGUUUGCCCGCGCGAAUUAGGCGCCAUCUUGCAUGCAAGUUUAUUUAUACAUAUAUUUCGGUGUUUUUUUUCUGUUGAAUUUUUUAAAAUUAAUUUACAUAUUCCUUGUUCUAUGUCCAUUAUAAUUCAGUUAUUCAGCGGUGUUAUGUUUCGGACUCCGAUUCAAAUGAUCUAUAAAUGCUUGGUUACUGAGUUAUUUUUAAGUGAAACAAAAUGUGAUCAUUGCGCCUGAUAUUACAAAUUUUGAACGUAUCUAAAGUGAAUUGUUACUCUUUAAAACAUUUUUAUAAGCCAUCAAUAUUAAUAAGUCUCUGUUAGAUGCAAAAAUUGUUAAAAUAAAUUGCUCCGUAUUUUUAUCUGUUAAUAGAUAUUUUUGUUAUGGACAUUGUGUAACGAUCAAUAUAUUUUAUCGAUAUCGGCAGUUCGGCUGUCGAUAGAUAUGCUCGGUAACAAAAGUGUUUUGUUCACAAUGAUAUACAUAUUUUUAUUUUAUAUAAUUUAUCCAAUUUAUUCUAGCAUUGAAACAAAACCUUAUGAAUAGAAAAAUGCCUUCAUAUUUCUAGUAGUGUGCCGUUCUCGGGAAUAUAUCCAAUUUAAUACACUCAAUAUAAAACAGUUAAUGGAAAAUUUUAAUUUUUACCACAUCACAAUUAGUAAUAUUUUUAUCACAAUAAAAUUGUCAGGUACCGUUAUUAUUAGCACUCCUCAAUAUCACAAACACUGUAUGAAAUACAAUGAAAACUGUAUUUGUUCUCUGACAAUGUCGAUUUGAGAAAGGCACAUCACUAGUUAAAACUUAUAAUAUUUACUAAACAGAUGUUUUUACAAGUUUCAUAUACUCUUUACAACUAACUAACAUAUACAUUAUAAAUAGUGUACUAAAAUGUUCUUCCAUACAGAUCUAGUUUUAUUAUGCACAUUUUAAUAGGUUUAUUUUUAAAAAUCUUGAAUUUUUUUUGUAUAUAUGAAUGAUAUAACAAUAUUAUGAAAGAUUAUGUUUAUUUGCAUUGUGUGAUUUUAAUUAAGUUAUUAAAUAAUUUGAAGUUUUAAAGAUUAUUCUACUAUUGUUUUGGUAAUUUUAACGAAAAACCACACUGAAAAUUUCUGAAAAUAUGUACAGAAGGGGACACACUUUCCACAGAAAUUUAAUGGGCGAAUCUAAUCUUAAUCAAUUGAUAUUGUAUAGUUUUUGAUCCAAAAUAUUUUAAAUAUCGUUUAUGAUAUUAAAUGCUUGUGCAAUACAAAGUUUUUAGCGAAAAUCAAGUUAAACUUGUCCAAGUCAAAAGCCCAGAAAGUCCAUAGACAUCCAAAAUGAAUAUGCAAUAUGAUUUUGUCAAAUUGUUUAAAUUGUUUCUGACGUGUCGAUCAAAAAUAAAACUAAAUAUCUUUGUGUAUUUUUAUCUGUAAGCAGUUUUAUGCCACUUUUUGGAAUAGUAUAUACAAUUCUGGCUGCGUCCUGGACUAUUACAUUAAAAGAAUGCAAUUAAAAAUAAUAAUAUCCAAAGUUUUUUCACAAAAAAGAUCGACAUUGUAUUUGCAUGAAUUUAUCGAUAUUUGUUGAUGAGCAACACUAGCGUUACUCACCAUUGGUACCAUUUAUUACAUCUUGCCUCUCGCUUGGUAUUCUUGGGAGUGACUUUUUAAAGAACCGCUGUGUAUGUUAAUUUUUGUAUUAUUCGGUGAUUUAGUAAUCAAGAAAUUUUUGGGCAAUUAUUUGAAAAAAAAAAGUGUUAUUUUUGGUUAAACCAUGUGUGUUCUUAUUUAUUUUACAACUUCAAUUUCGAUCUCUGUACAAGGGUAUGUAAGAAAUAAAGACUAAUUCUGCCAACGAUUUUUUUUUACUAAAUAAGAACUUUUUUAAUGUCAAUUGUACAUUAUAUAUAAAAACAAAAUCAUAGAAUGGUUUCUAAAGACGUGAAUUGACUGUAAUAUAAUUUUAGCCAUACAGAAUCAUGAUUUUAGAAUCAGUUGUUUUGUGUCCGUACUUUUUGCGAAAUUGUUUAAUUUGAUGUUAGUUUUUAUUGCGAAGUAACCAUGCCAUAAUAUUGUAACGUUACGAUCGAGUGGAACGAACUGUUCUUUUUUUUUACUUUUUAAUUAUUUUCUAGUGUAUUUUUUAACAUCUCGUCUAUAGCUACGUCUCGUUGAACAAUGAAAUAAUAUUAAAGUAAAUCGUUUUUAAAAUUUUAAUAAAUGAAGUAAUUUUUUAUUUGA